CUGAAUACGUUAACCCAUGCCAACCGUCACCUUGCGGCCCAAACAGCCAGUGCCGUGAGAUCAAUGGCCAGGCAGUAUGCUCAUGUUUGCCAACGUACAUUGGGUCUCCACCUGGGUGCCGCCCGGAAUGUGUAACCAGUUCGGAAUGCUCGUUGGAUAAAGCUUGUAUCAAUCAGAAAUGCGUUGACCCGUGCCCGGGAACCUGUGGCACCAAUGCUCGAUGUAAUGUUAAUAAUCAUAGUCCUAUCUGCUCUUGCCAGUCGGGUUAUACAGGAGAUCCAUUCACCAGAUGCUAUCCUAAUCCACCACCUCCUCAAGAUACUCAAGUUAUACCUAGAGAUCCUUGUGUUCCAUCACAAUGUGGUCCCUAUUCCCAGUGUAGAAACAUCAAUGGCGCACCUUCCUGCUCAUGUCUAGUCAAUUACAUCGGAUCACCACCCAACUGCAGACCGGAAUGUACGAUCAAUGCCGAAUGUCCAAGUAACCAGGCAUGUAUGAAUGAAAAAUGCAGGGAUCCUUGUCCAGGAUCAUGCGGGCUUGGAGCCAGAUGUAACGUUAUCAAUCAUACACCGAUUUGUACGUGUGAGAGCGGAUACACUGGGGAUCCAUUUACUAACUGUUACCCAUCGCCACCUCCCCCAAGAGAACCAGUUCGUGACGAUCCAUGUAACCCAUCACCUUGUGGUCCCAAUGCUCAAUGCAAUGACGGGGUUUGCUCCUGUUUGCCAGAACACCAAGGUGAUCCAUACCAAGGAUGUAGACCUGAGUGCGUGCUCAAUUCUGACUGUUCCCGUGACAAGGCUUGUAUUCGUAGCAAAUGUGUCGAUCCUUGUCCCGGAACAUGUGGACAAGAUGCAAUUUGUGAUGUCUUCAAUCAUAUCCCAAUGUGCAGUUGUCCUGCUGGUAUGGCUGGAAAUGCAUUUGUACAAUGUAGACCCCAACAGGCUCCUCCAGUAUCGAAUCCAUGCAACCCGUCUCCUUGUGGGCCAAACAGCCAAUGUCGCGAAAUCAAUGGACAAGCCGUUUGUUCUUGCGUACCGGGAUUCAUCGGAAGCCCUCCAAGUUGUAGACCAGAGUGUACAGUAAGUGCGGAAUGCCCACAAAAUCAAGCUUGCAACAAUCAGAAAUGCAGAGACCCUUGCCCAGGAACAUGCGGCGUUGGAGCUCGAUGCUCUGUUGUUAACCAUAAUCCAAUCUGUAGCUGUCCGGAAAGAUAUACCGGAGAUCCGUUCGUGCGUUGUCAAGCUAUAAUUGAACCACCCGUUCAAAUGGCUCCAAUUAACCCAUGUCAGCCUUCCCCCUGUGGGCCAAACGCGGUAUGUAGACCUGUCGGUGACUCUCCGUCAUGCACAUGUUUAGACAACAUGGUUGGUUCUCCUCCAAACUGCAGACCUGAAUGUGUUAGUAACUCGGAGUGUCCUAGUAAUCUAGCAUGCAUUCGACAAAAGUGUCAAGAUCCAUGCACAGGAGCAUGUGGGGCAAAUGCGGAAUGCAGAGUUGUCAGUCACACUCCAAUGUGCAUUUGCUCGGUUGGAUUCACCGGUGAUCCGUUCAGCCAGUGCACACCAGCACAAUCGGACAUACCGAGAGAACCUUCAUCCCCAUGCGAACCUAGUCCAUGUGGAGCCAACGCAGUGUGUAGAGAACAAAGUGGUGCAGGAUCCUGCACAUGCAUUGACGAUCACUUCGGUAACCCAUACGAGGGAUGUCGACCAGAGUGUAUUCUGAACUCUGAUUGUCCUUCCAACUUAGCAUGUAUCAGAAACAAAUGUAAGGAUCCAUGUCCGGGCACAUGCGGACAAAACGCCGAUUGUCAAGUUGUCAACCAUCUGCCGUCCUGUACUUGUAUUGACGGAUAUGAAGGGGAUCCGUUCAGAUAUUGUAAUAUUCGACCGCGAGAACCUUUAACCUAUCAAAAUCCCUGUCAACCCAACCCGUGUGGCCCGAACAGCCAGUGCAAGGAGGUCAAUGGACAGGCAGUAUGUUCCUGUUUACCCUCUUACAAUGGAUCACCUCCUGGAUGUCGGCCUGAGUGUGUCUCAAGUUCAGAAUGUUCGCUGGAUAAGGCAUGUGUGAAUCAAAAAUGUGUCGACCCAUGUCCUGGAACUUGUGGAACCAAUGCCCGAUGUAACGUUAACAAUCAUAGUCCCAUAUGUUCUUGCCAAACUGGAUACACUGGAGAUCCAUUCACUCGCUGCUAUCCUAAUCCCCCACCCCCAAAAGAUACUGAAAUUAUUGCACGUGAUCCCUGUGUUCCAUCUCCAUGUGGUCCCAACUCCCAAUGUAGAAACAUCAACGGAGUACCAUCGUGCUCCUGUCUAGUCAACUAUAUUGGAUCUCCUCCCAACUGUCGGCCAGAAUGUACAAUCAACUCCGAAUGUCCGAGUAAUCAAGCAUGUAUGAACGAAAAAUGCCGAGACCCAUGCCCAGGAUCGUGCGGUAUUGGAGCCAGAUGUAACGUAAUCAACCAUACACCUAUCUGUAGUUGUGAGACUGGCUAUACGGGCGAUCCAUUCACGAACUGCUAUCCCGCGCCACCUCCUCCAAGAGAACCGGUUCGAGAUGAUCCAUGCAAUCCAUCCCCUUGUGGAUCGAACGCCCAAUGCAGUAAUGGAAUCUGCUCGUGUCUCCCCGAAUAUCAAGGUGAUCCAUAUCAGGGAUGCAGACCAGAAUGCGUUCUCAACUCUGACUGUCCCAGAGAUAAGGCAUGCAUCCGUAGCAAAUGUAUUGAUCCUUGCCCUGGAACGUGUGGACAGGAUGCUAUCUGUGAAGUAAUGAAUCACGUGCCAGUAUGCAGUUGUCCCAAUGGCAUGACAGGAAAUGCAUUCGUGCUUUGCCGACCACAACAGGCCCCACCCGUGACAAAUCCUUGCAAUCCGUCUCCUUGUGGACCUAACAGCCAAUGUCGCGAGAUAAACGGACAAGCCGUGUGUUCAUGCGUAGCUGGAUUUAUCGGUAGCCCACCAGCUUGCAGACCAGAGUGUGUCGUCAGUUCAGAAUGCCCUCAAAACCAAGCUUGCAACAACCAGAAGUGCAGAGAUCCAUGCCCUGGUACGUGCGGAAUCGGAGCGAGAUGCUCGGUAGUCAAUCACAACCCAAUUUGUAGCUGUCCAGAGAGAUACACCGGUGAUCCGUUUGUCCUAUGUCAACCUAUAAUGCAAACACAAGUUAUCCCAGUUAAUCCAUGUCAACCAUCUCCCUGCGGACCAAAUUCAGAAUGUCGUUCAGUUGGUGACAGCCCAUCGUGUUCGUGUCUGGACAAUAUGAUUGGUUCACCUCCGAACUGUCGACCAGAGUGUGUCAGUAAUUCAGAGUGUGCUAACAACCUUGCAUGUAUUCGUCAGAAAUGUCAAGAUCCCUGCGCCGGAGCGUGCGGAGCAAAUGCUGAAUGCAGAGUUGUCAGUCAUACUCCGAACUGUGUUUGCUCCAUAGGCUUCACUGGGGACCCGUUCACUCAGUGUGUCCCGGAGCAAAAGGAUAUUCCGAGAGAGCAAACGUCACCCUGCACCCCGAGUCCGUGUGGGGCAAACGCAGUUUGCCGCGAGCGUAGUGGCGCCGGAUCGUGUCUUUGCAUUGAGGACUACUUCGGAAACCCAUACGAGGGCUGCCGCCCGGAGUGUGUUUUAAACUCCGAUUGUCCCUCGAACCGAGCUUGUAUGAACAAUAAAUGCGUAGAUCCAUGUCCAGGAACUUGUGCGCAGGCAGCAGAGUGCCAUGUCGUAAACCAUCUAGCUUCGUGUAGUUGUCAGAGCGGAUGCACAGGGGAUCCAUUCAGAUACUGCAACUGUGACAGCGAGAAGGAUUACAUACCUGUGGAGUACGUUAAUCCCUGCCAACCAAGCCCGUGUGGGGCCAACAGCCAAUGUCGUGAAAUAAAUGGUCAAGCUGUGUGCUCUUGUCUGCCCACAUACAUCGGAUCUCCUCCGGGAUGUCGUCCGGAAUGUGUGACCAGCUCAGAGUGUGCGUUGGAUAGGGCGUGUAACAAUCAGAAAUGUGUUGACCCGUGUCCUGGAAUCUGUGGAACCAACGCCCGAUGUAACGUAAAGAACCAUAACCCUAUUUGUUCUUGUCAAUCCGGAUACACUGGGGAUCCAUUCAAUAGAUGCUAUCCUAAUCCACCCCCUCCAAGAGACCCGGAGAUUGUUGCUCGCGAUCCCUGCGCUCCCUCUCCAUGUGGACCCAAUGCUCAAUGUAGAAACGUGAAUAGAGGUGCUUCAUGCUCAUGUCUACCGAAUUAUAUUGGUUCACCGCCCAACUGUAGACCGGAGUGUAGCAUCAACGCUGAGUGCGCAAGCAAUCAAGCUUGCAUAAAUGAGAAAUGUAGGGACCCCUGUCCUGGUUCAUGCGGCAUUGGAGCACGCUGCAACGUUAUCAACCAUACACCGAUAUGUACCUGUCAAGAGGAAUAUACUGGGGAUCCAUUCACCAAUUGUUACCCUAAACCUCCUCCACCCAGAGAACCUAUCCGAGAUGACCCUUGCAAUCCUUCACCGUGCGGUUCGAACGCUCAGUGUUCCAAUGGAGUAUGCACAUGCUUGCCCGAGUUCCAGGGAGAUCCGUAUCGGGGUUGUCGUCCAGAGUGUGUAUUGAAUUCAGAGUGUUCUCGAGAUAAGGCUUGUAUUCGCAGCAAAUGCGUUGAUCCCUGUCCAGGAACCUGUGGUCAGGAUGCUGUGUGCGACGUCGUAAAUCAUAUACCGGUGUGUAGUUGUCCGCGAGGAAUGGCAGGCAACGCAUUCGUACAGUGCACCCCACAACGUGCUCCAAUCGAAACCGAUCCAUGUAACCCUUCACCUUGUGGGUCCAACAGUCAAUGUCGACCCAUCAACGGACAAGCUGUUUGCUCUUGCAUUCAAGGUUAUUUCGGAACACCUCCCUCCUGCCGACCGGAAUGUUCCAUCAAUUCGGACUGCAUACAAAGUAUGGCUUGUAUGAACUUUAAAUGUAGGGAUCCAUGCCCAGGUACCUGCGGGCUGGGGGCAAGAUGUACUGUAGUAAAUCAUAACCCAAUUUGUAGCUGCGGGAAUAGAAUGACCGGUGAUCCUUUUGUUAGGUGCUAUGAAAUAGUGGAAAAACCCCCCACCCAAGAUACCCCUCGAGAUCCUUGCAUUCCGUCGCCAUGUGGUCAAAAUUCUGCCUGUGUGAAUCGCAACGGUAACCCAUCUUGUUCUUGUCUUCCCAACAUGAUUGGAGCACCCCCGAACUGUCGUCCAGAGUGCGUUAGUAAUUCCGAUUGUUCCAAUACGCUGGCCUGUAUAAAUCAAAAAUGUCAAAACCCUUGUUCUAAUGCGUGUGGAACCAAUGCAGAUUGUAGAGUUUCCCUCCACAUCGCUAACUGUAUUUGUCCAGAGGGCUACACUGGCAAUCCAUUCGUCAAUUGCUUCGUACAAUCUGUUACUCAACAACCUGAACCAGAGCCUAGGGAUCCAUGUUACCCAUCACCAUGCGGUACGAAUGCUCGGUGUCGACCAGUCGAUGGCGGUUCGGUGUGCGAAUGUUUCGAAAAUUAUUUCGGAAAUCCGUACACUGGUUGCCGACCGGAAUGUGUGACCAACUCUGAAUGCUCUAGAAAUACAGCUUGCAUUCAGAACAGAUGCAAAGAUCCAUGUCCAGGAGUGUGCGGCUACAACGCAGAUUGCAAUGUUAUCAAUCACACACCAACUUGCACCUGUCCGGAGGGAAUGGUCGGUAACGCAUUCGAGCAGUGUUCGCGAAAACCAGAACCACCCUCACCAUCAGAUCCGUGCUAUCCAUCACCGUGCGGACAGAAUACAGUUUGUCGAUCCUCCGGUGGAAACGCUGUCUGCGAAUGUCUUCCAGAUUUCAAAGGAACUCCGUUCGGAAGAGGCUGUUACCCGGAAUGUGUCAUUAAUUCAGAUUGUCCAAGAGACAAAACAUGUGUCAACAAGAAGUGUGUCGAUCCAUGUCCAGGAGUUUGUGGAUACAGAGCUGUAUGCCAUGCCAUCAAUAACAAUCCAGUUUGCUCAUGCCCGAACAACAUGAUCGGUGAUCCAUUCGUCGAAUGUGAAGAAUCGCGACCCAAGGAUCCGUGCAAUCCUUCCCCAUGCAGGACGAAUGGAGUUUGUCGUGUCAUUGGCGGAAGAGCCGACUGCCAAUACCCGGAGUGUGUCACCAACUCCGAAUGUUCAUCCAAUCGUGCGUGCUUUAAUCAGAAGUGUAGAGAUCCAUGCGUUGGAGCUUGCGGAGUGAAUGCUAUCUGUAACGUGGUGAAUCAUUCACCGGUAUGCUCGUGCCCAGAACGUCACGCUGGUUCACCCUAUGUUCAAUGUAACCCACAAAUGGACCCGAUUCCGAAAGCUGAGUGCAUCAGUGAUGAUCAGUGCACGAACGACAAGGCCUGCAUAAACCAACAGUGCAUCAAUCCGUGCACAGCCAAUACUGGCUUAUGUAAUCUUAAUGCCGAAUGUCGGGUUCAAUUCCAUCGAGCAAUCUGCACAUGUCGCGAAGGGUAUACAGGUAAUGCACAGUUUGCUUGCUAUGAAAUCGGCUGCCGGGCCGAUUCGGAUUGUCCACCGACAGAAUCAUGUGUCAACCGAAACUGUGUCGAUCCAUGCCAGUAUACUCAAUGUGGCAGAAACGCAGUUUGUAGGACAGAUUACAACCACAACGCAAGAUGCCACUGUCUAGAUGGUUACAGAGGAAACGCAUUGGCGGGAUGUACGCGACCCGAGUGUACCAGUGAUGAUGAGUGUCCUUAUCAUCUGUCAUGUCAGAACGAACAAUGCAGAGACCCUUGCAACUGUGCUCCAGGAGCGCAGUGUAGAGUUGAUAACCACAGAGCGCUGUGUAGAUGCCCACCAGGCUACACCGGAGACGCUAGCUUUGCUUGUGAAAAAGAGCCCCUCAGAGAUUCGGAUCAAUGUAAGAUGGAUGCCGAUUGCUCUAGCAAGUUGGCUUGCUUCAGUGGAAUGUGUAAGAAUCCUUGCUAUGAAACGAAACCUUGUGCUGAGCAUGCGGUUUGUACGGUGCAAGACACCCUCCCGCUUCGGACAAUGUUCUGCGUGUGUGAAGAUGGAUAUGUUGGUGACGCCGAAAAACAAUGCUUGCCAGUAUCAACUGUCGUACCUGAAUGUACCUCAGACAUUGAAUGUGCAGCGACGGAAACAUGUAGAAAUCGAGUGUGCGUUAACCCGUGCACGGAAUUUAAUCCAUGUGCUCGUACGGCUGAAUGUUUAACCCAGAGUCACAAAGCCAUCUGUGUAUGCCCCAGUGGCAUGGUGGGAGAUCCAUUCCAAAAAUGUUACUCGGAACCGGUAAUAGCGCCAGAAUGUACCGUCGACUCGGAAUGUGCUAGCAAUCGAGCCUGUAUCAACCAGAAAUGCCAGGACCCAUGCGCUGAGGGUAACCCAUGCGGUGGAAAUGCAGAAUGUCGAACCCAAUACCACAGGCCACUGUGCACGUGCCAGAAGGGAUGGGGAGGUGACCCAAGAGUUCAGUGUUAUAAGCCGGAAUGCCAAAACGACAACGACUGUCCAUACGACAAGGCUUGCUACAACGAAAAGUGUUUGAACCCAUGUACGUACGGCGCAACGCAGUGUGGCCGUGGAGCAGAAUGUCUCCCACAAGGGCAUCACGCCAACUGCAUUUGUCCACCAGGAACGCAAGGAAAUCCACUGAUCUCCUGUGUGACUGGACUUUGCCAGUACAAUGAAGAUUGUGCUGAUCAUGAAGCUUGCGACCGAUUGAAUAGAGUAUGCCGACCAGUCUGUGAUAAUGAGGCAUGUGCUUCUACGGCCAACUGUAUAGGUAAAAAUCAUCAAGCGACCUGUGAGUGUCUGUCUGGUUCCCGUGGAAAUCCGUAUGUAGGUUGUACUCGAGAUGAACCGGAACCAGCAUGCCGAAUCGACGGAGACUGUCCUUCACAACAAGCGUGCAUCAACAGCCAAUGUACGAAUCCAUGUACAGAAAUCAGUCCGUGCUCGCGGCAGCAGUCUUGUACAGUUGUCGAUACUUUACCACUCCGAACAAUGAUCUGCGCGUGUCCUUCGGAUAUGAUCGUUGACGUUAACGGGCAAUGUAAACCGAUUGUGGUGGAGGGUUGUCGGACUGAUAACGACUGCCCAGAUACAGAUCGCUGCAUUAGAGGACAAUGUACGUUAGCCUGUCGAGCGGAGCCUUGUGGAGUCAACGCUCAGUGUGAAUCCAGCGGUCAUCGAGCUCUUUGCUCGUGCGCUCCUGAAUAUGUCGGUAAUCCGCAUAUCGAGUGCACUCCAGAAGCCCGAGUUCCAUCUCCCAAGGAAUGUUCAGCCGAUGACGAUUGUCCUCUUGAUCGGUCGUGUUUCAACGAGCGAUGCAUCAAUCCCUGCACACAAGAUGUUUGCGGACGAGGUGCUAUUUGCCACGUACAGCUACACAAUGCCGUUUGUAACUGCCCAACCAACUACAACAAAGACAAAUCUGGAAACUGCGUUCCACCGUCAGCCGAUCUGCCAAAAUGUCGUUCAAACUCAGACUGUACUACAAGCGAAACAUGUGUUAACGAAAUCUGUGCUAAUCCUUGCAAUUGCGGCCAAAACGCCGAUUGUUACGUCAAGGACCACUAUCCGGUAUGUAGCUGUAGACCCGGCUACUCGGGAAAUGCUCAAUUCGGAUGCGUUAAACUGGGAUGCCAAUCGGAUAGUGAAUGCACCAACGACAAACAAUGCUACAAUGGUGAAUGUCUGAAUCCAUGCUCCCUGGAAGAUUCGUGUGCUCUGAACGCUGAGUGUUACGGUGAUAAGCAUCGAGCUGCUUGCCGCUGUCUGCCCGGAUUAGAGGGGAAUCCAUUCGUCCAGUGCCGGCGGGUAGAAUGCCACUUUGACGGAGAGUGUCCAGAUAGCCGUGCAUGUAUACAAGAGCAGUGCGUUGAUCCAUGCAGUACAAUGGCACCUUGUGCCCAGAAUGCCAUCUGUUUCACGCGUAAUCAUGCGCCACAUUGCAAGUGCCCUGAUCAUCUACCUGAUGGAAAUCCGUUCUCAUUCUGCGAACGUCGUGUUCCUGAGCCGGAAUGUACGAUGGAUGUGAACUGCCCAAGCCGACUGGCCUGCAUCAAUAACAAAUGUGUUGAUCCAUGUGUGGAACUAACACCGUGUGCGCGAACAGCACACUGUACAGUUCUGGAUUCUGUUCCAGUUCGAACCAUGGUCUGUGAGUGUCCAGAACUCCACGUACCGGAUUCAAAUGGUGAAUGCAAACGAAUCGUACUGCAAACACAGGUGGAAUGUACGAGUGACUCUCAGUGUUCAGAUAGUGAAGCCUGUAUCAACCGACAGUGCAAGAACCCAUGUAACUGCGGAACACACGCUACGUGUACUGUUAAGAACCACCGAGGCGUUUGCUCCUGUGAAAAUGGAUAUGAAGGAAACCCGAACAUUGCAUGUAGAACGAUCGGUUGCCGCGUCGAUUCCGAGUGUGAAUUUAGCAAAGCAUGUAUCAACGGAAACUGCGUGAAUCCAUGUUUGGACAGUAAUCCUUGUGGAAUUAAUGCCGAAUGCUUUGCAGUUUCAAACCGAGCCGAAUGUCGCUGCUUAAGUGGCUACAGAGGAAACCACUUUGUACAGUGUACGGUUGUCGAGUGUCGCAGUAACAACGAUUGUCCAAACGAUAAACAAUGUCGCAACUCUCAGUGCGUGGAUCCCUGCAUAUACGACAGCUCAUGUUCGCCCAGGGCAGAGUGUAAAGCUCACAACCAUCUAGCAGUAUGUAGGUGUCCAGCGGGAUUAGUCGGUAACCCAUACGUGGACUGUCGACCAGAAAUUAUUCCCGAGUGUGUCUACGACACCGAUUGUCCGUCGCACCUGGCUUGUAUCGAUAAUAAAUGCAUAGAACCAUGUGGAGUCCUAGAACCAUGCAGUCUACCAGCCAGAUGUGAAGUUAUACCAUCAUCGCCGGUCAGAACAAUGAUCUGUAUUUGCCCAGACGGGUAUAUCAGUAGCGGAAGCGGCACAUGUAAACCAGUAAUCAAGUCCGGUUGCAUAUCGGAUUCGGAUUGCUCCAGCGACACUGCUUGCAUCAAUAGUAUUUGUAAAAACCCUUGCAACUGCGGUCCCAACGCGGAAUGUCGAAUUAAAGACCACAAACCGGUGUGUUCCUGCAAACAAGGCUUCGACGGAAACCCAGAGAUCGAAUGCAUCAAGAUCGAAUGUCGUGCCGACGAUGAUUGCUCCAUGCAGCAUUCGUGUAUCAAUCGACAAUGUGUGCCUGUUUGUUCGAUUGAUUCUUGUGGAAGACAAGCUGAAUGUUAUGGCCAAAAUCACAGAGCAAUAUGCGAGUGUAUGCCAGGAUAUGAAGGUGACCCAAGAGUUAGCUGUAAAUUGCUGGGAUGUCGGGCUGACUCGGACUGUCCUACGGAUAAGGCCUGUAUAAACAACAAAUGUGAAAACCCUUGCGAACGGCAAGCUAUCUGCGCACAGAAUGAACUGUGCCAAGUGUAUCAACACCGUGCGGAAUGUGCCUGUCCACCGCCAUUCGAGGCAGAUCCGAUCAGAGGAUGUGUGCUGCGAGACGAACGGUGCCGAACGGAUGGCGAAUGCCAUUCACAAACCGCCUGCAUCCAGGGCGACUGUGUAAACCCGUGCAAUGUGACCGAACCAUGCGGUGUAAAUUCAAUGUGUAAGGUGUUGGACACUCUUCCAGUUCGUACGAUGAUUUGCGAAUGUUUACCGGGCUAUCAAGGCAACGCGGCCAUUCAGUGUGAUAAAAUGGCACUCUGUCAAAUCGAUCGAGGGUUCAUAAGAAACGCAAACGGUGAAUGCGUAUGUCCCCCCGGGUACGGUCUUACAAUCUACGACGAUUGCCAGAUUUGUCCCGAGAAAGAUGGACUAAAGAUUGAUGACACAGGACGUUGCGUGUGUGCCUUGGAGCGAGGUAUGGUAAUCGAUGAACGCGGACGCUGUAUUUGUCCAACUGACUAUGGCUAUCGGCUAACCGAACGUGGUGAGUGUGUUCGUACAGCCGUACCGGAGUGCAUACGGAAUAGCGACUGCCCAGAUUGGAGAUAUUGCGACGAGCAGACUAAGACCUGCGAAGAUCCAUGUACGACAAAGGUGUGCGGAAAGAAUGCGCUCUGUAAUGCAACCAACCACCAAGCGGUAUGUCAAUGUAUUUCCGGAUAUACAGGAAACCCCGAGGAGCAUUGCAAUCAAACAACCGGUUUCCGUACUGAUAUCCCAAAGCGGGAUAUGCAGGUUACCUGCCAAGCGGACGGCGUACAGGUGGUAAUCGAUUUGAUGGAAUCUAACUUCAACGGUGUAUUGUAUGUGAAGAGCCACAGCAAGGACGAAGAAUGCCGACGGGUAAUCAACCUAGCCGGUGAUUCCUCUCAGAGAACACAGAUCAAGGUACACUUUGGAAGUUGUGGCUUGAUCCAUAUCAACGGUAUCGCCAGUUUCGUGCUGGUGAUUCAGAAGCACCCGAAGUUGGUGACGUAUAAAGCCCAAGCCUAUCACAUCAAGUGCGUCUAUCAGACAGGCGAGCAAAACGUAACCCUCGGAUUCAACGUUCAGAUGUUGACGACGGCGGGUACGAUCGCGAAUACCGGGCCACCACCAACGUGUGCUAUGCGAAUCGUCGCCUUUAAUGGCGAAGAAAUCAACUCAGCCGAAAUCGGUGACAAUUUGCGACUACAGGUUGAAGUACAACCAGCAACUAUUUAUGGAGGAUUUGCUCGAAGCUGCGUGGCCAAAACAAUGGAAGAUAGCGUGGAAAAUGAGUACAUUGUGACAGACGAGAAUGGAUGUGCAACCGAACCGAGUAUCUUCGGUGAUUGGGAGUACAACGCCGAAACCAACAGUUUGCUAGCCAGUUUCAACGCGUUUAAGUUCCCAUCGAGUGACAACAUUCGGUUCCAAUGUAACAUUCGUGUAUGCUUUGGCCGAUGCCAACCGGUCAACUGUCACGGUGCCAAUGCAUUUGGAAAACGCAGAAGACGAGCGAUCACUGAUAUGAACGAAAUUGAACUAAUACUGAACAGGACUAGACGAGCUGCCAGUACGGCACUAGCUUCCGACGAUACGCUAGGUAUCGAGGGAACACUGCGAGAAGAAAUCACCGUAGAAUCGAAUGCGAUUCUAACGCUUGAAAGGAGGGAGGAGCGAUCAUAUGAUUCAGAUAACAUACUUCCCGCUGCUCAACGUGUCGAAGAUAUUUGCGUAUCGAUGAUCGGACUGAUCAUUGCGCUGGUCAUAACUGCGCUGCUGGCACUUGUAGCCGUGGCUGUGGCAGUUUCCUGUUGGCUCAUGGCCUACAGGCGACGUCCGACAAUAACUGGACCCUUGCCGCACCCACCGGAGUUCCCGAACCCGUUGUUUGCGCACCAAGAACCUUCUGAGCCAUCUCACGAUUACAUGACGUGAGAAGGCCAACCUAUCCGCAGACCAAAUGUCACUGUAAAUGUCAAGUGUACUAAAUGUUUAUAUUGUUUUUUUAAACUGAAACAUCAAAGACGACCCAGACAACAACGAAAUCCGAACGAAAGUAGAAAGUUUUAAGAUAGGAUACUUGAAAAAAAACACUGUAAAUAGACACAUUAAGAAUAAUAUUUUUGAGAAGGACAGUGGCACCACUAGAGUAGGAACGGUGCUUUAACCUGAAGGCAACGAAUGCGUACAACACUGUCCGUCCAUCGUUAUUGCAAACCCAAUGCGGAUGCAAAAGUUGUCUUAGACCAGCUCGUUUUUAUAAUAAAUUCACGCGGAAUACGACCAACCGAACCGAUAGAGCAUCUCCACUCGAACCCGCUUCCUGUUGUAACCUCAUGUAAAAAGCAAACUAAGAUCGAGAAACCUGACGAACAAAAAGCAACCUCAACCUCGUUAGCAAAUAGGACACUUAUAGCACCACUUGUCUCGUUUCUCGAUAAUCCUAAAACGGCGGGUUGAGCUGUGAUAUCAAAGGAACGAUGCACUGGCAACGCGCUCUGCACCCAGUACUUCGUGAGCGGUUGGUGGUUUUCCACGAACAGAAUCGAACAUCUCCUCCGCGGGUCGUUACUAGUCUUUUAUUUAUUAAUGUUAUUAUUGUAUUUAGUUAGAGAUGGAUCUAGCAGUUUCAACGUAUCUUUUGAACUACUCUGCACAAAUUCCUCGCCCAAAGUUGAAGGAGGCUCGUUCCCUACCCGUACUAUUCGCUAUCUUGCCUUCUUUGGCUCUACAACGAAACAAACACUGCAAUACCAUAAGUUGUUCAUCGAAAUCUUCACUUGAAUUCGAAUCCAACUAAACUCUGGGAAAGCGCACUAUUCCCCCGCAUGUCUCCACUUGUGGACAAUGUUAUCGGUGUUAUUCCACUAAAUAUAGUUGUUUUAGUUGUAAUUUAUUAAAAAUUUUAUGAAUAAUCGAAAAACACGCGAACUCGACCCCCGGAGGAUUUGUAUAACCUAGGUUAAUUGAAAGCAAGAAUAAAAUACGAUUGAAACGCUGCGUGUACUAUUGCGACAGCGAAGAAUUCCACACAGACAGAACGUAGUCAUUAUACAACUAACCUAUCAAUUAACGACGAAACUAUACGAGAUUCACAUUCCGAUAUAACCUGUACUGUUGAAACUGCCAUUAAAAACUCUAAAAAAUAUCACCCGCGAAAAGUCACCUCGUGUCAUCCCAAUUUAAAAAUCGAAAACGUGAAAGAAGCAGCGAUCUUUCACUAACUUCGAUUUGGACUUUGGGAUAGCAAGGUCUAUUUCUAAACAAAAAAGCUACUUAUUGUUAAACCUUACUGCCCUUUCGGAAUACUGCACAAAAGCGUGCAAAACGGUAGUAAAAUUUCGAUUAUCGACUAAUUGAAACGCUUUAGUUUUUUGAUCGUUUUAUGAGAGAAAAAGUGGCUGCAGUCUCCAAGAGACGAUAAUGGCAGAAUCCACUAUUUUCGGCAAUCACCCUAACAGGUAUUCUUCGAUUCCUUUUAUGGCUUCCAAUGCCGAGAUAUUUAUGGUUAUUUUAACUGAUAAUAAUGUCAACUAUUAAGACUGGAUUAACAUUAAUUGAGGUAAAACAAAGAAGAGGAAUGCGAUGAUAAGAAUGAAAACGUUUUCCUGAAGAAAAAAUCUACAGCUGAAAUUUUUCGGUACUUUAAACAUAGACAAAGAAUCCUAUUCGAAAUUAUCCCAGUGUAAUAUUUUUUUAUCACCAUGUAUAGUUCAUGUGAAGCAUGCAAAUAUCACCUCAAGCAAAACAAAAACGUUGAUGGAAUAAAAAACUACUAAUAAUAUUA